AUGCCAGAACCCUGCCUUCAAAGCUUCAUUUCCCUUAGAAAUGAAGACACUGAUGUAUAUACAGCUAACUGCAGCAAUUUUCGCUGUGGUUCUCUUCGAUACCACGACUCAAGUAACCCUCCUUCUCAAUGUAUUGAGACCCGUGGAAGACGUACUUACAGGGGUGCUUUCAUCGCAUCUGGGGAAGUCGUACGGAAUACAACAAAUCCAGACGGCCGUAGAUAUCUACCUGAAAGCUAAACAAGUAAAUGGAGAAAUAUCGAAAGAAGACGCGUACGUGGUAGGCGAGGUGCUGAGACUCUGCCAACAGGAUAGAUCAUUAUUCGAUAUCCUGAGCCACACGAACAGGUGCACGCUUACGGACAUCCAAGAGGCUUUGCAUUUGAUAGCCGCAAAGUUAGGCAAACCGGCAUUUUAUCAAGUAAUUGAAAACUAGCAUGAUGAAUAUAACAAAUAUACAUCAGGCUAUACCCCGGGAGCCAAAAAUAAGAAUAAACUUAAAUUGACACCAAAUAUAAGUUAAAAUAAACUUUACAA